AUGUGCUUCUACCGCGGAACCGUCUACAGCUGCAAGCACAGCGAGCUCGGUAAGAAGGUCUCGGACUGCAAGGCCCAGCGGGACUUUCUCGCCAGCACCGACAAGGAGAAGAACGCGUGCACUGAACGUCGGAUCCAUUCGAUGAACCGCGUCCGCGAUGACUCCAGGUGUAGAAAGUGCCAGCGCCUCGAUGCACUCAGGACCCGCACUAGAAAAACCUUCUUGAGCCUCCGGGAGAACCUGGAGAAGCGCAGGACAACUUCUGAAAGGCCUGCAACAGAGACUGGCGAGUCUUCUACAUCCGAGCUUGAUGGAGAGGCCUGCACGCCAGACAACACCUUGGAUGAUGUCCCUUAUUCCAGUAGAUCCAAGACUUGCGAGCUUUCGAGGGAGCUAGAUGCUUCUGAAAAGUCCGAGGAUAGAGCAUUCAAGCUUGACGCGACGACAUUUGAGCAUGACAUGGCUUCGAAGUGCGCCUCUUCGUCUGGUGUGUUCGACGACGUCAAGUCUCCGGAUAAUGAUGGCCCUUGUGUAGAUUCGAAGCAGAACCAGCCAUCAGUGUCUCACUCGCUACUACUUGAAAAAGAAGAAAAGGAGUAG